AUGGGGUCCAGUCGGCGGAGAGGCACAGUGUGUGUCCGGUCCAGAGCAGCGGUGAUGCCUCUCCAAACGCGCUCGCUUUCAGAGCCGGGGUCCGCGGCACAGGCUCUGCGGGAGCUGCCGCGCUGGAUGCGGUUAUACUUCUACGGGAUGCACGGUGUGACCCUGGACGUUCUGCUGUCCUCUCUUCAAGGGGUCUUCAAAGACCGCGACCCGAAGCUGCUGGGCUUCUCCUCGGUGUAUCUAGGCAUUGCGCACUCACUGAGCCAUCUGGCUCUGGAGAAAUUGUAUGCGCAAAGAAGGAGCUUCCGAGGGCGGCCUGUGCUCUUUCACAUGGUAGUGUACCCCUCCAUCUACAUCGGACUGCAGGUUCUCAUCGGGGGUAUUCAUGCUCUCACGCUGCUGCUGCAGUACCUCUUGGCCCUGUACUUCUCUCAGGUGUUCCACAGAGGUCUGUCCCAGCUUCAGUAUGGACCCUCAAGCGUGUCUCCUGUGAAGAGCAGGGGCCCUCCGCAGGGCCUGCCAGGGUUCCUCCACUUCCUGUUUUUUGGGAUGCAUGGUCUUGUGGAUGAAGUGGUGUUCACAUCUAUGUUUAACCUGGUGGAGAAGGCAGACCACAGCCUGAGCGGACACACUUCACUGUGGUCCUUCAUGAUGUAUGGCAGCUGUAGUUUUGCAGUGGAGAAGCUCUACCUGCAUCUCCACUUCACACGAGGCUGGGGCACAUUGAGGAGGCUGCCUCUCUACGUGUGUGUGGCCUACAGCUGGGAGCUGAGCUGGGGGCUGUUGCUCCGACAGUUUGGGGCGUGCUCCUGGGACUACUCGCACUACCCCAUGCACUUCAUGGGGCUGGUAACACUUCUGUACCUGCCCGGGUGGGUGUGCCUCAGCCUGUACCAGGACGUCCUGACCAACGUGCUGCUCCGGAUCAAGUGCAGCAAAGAGCACGCCAAUGGACCAGGGCCCUGCCAGCUGAACGGACAGACACAACCCAGCAAAAAACUGUUAUAA